AUGGUAGAAAGUUUUCAUACUCCAACAACAGAGGAGGAAAGAAUUAGCAAAACUACAACAACAACAACAACAAUUAUGGAAGAGGACAUAAUGGAUGAGGAAGAGGAAGAAACAAAAACGGAAAACUCAUAUGUCAAAUGUGUGGAAGUGUUGGACACAUUGUGGUUCAAUGACAAAGCUAUGGAGAAGGUUAUGCUCAAAGGAAGACUUAAUGAUGAACUUCACAAGAUGAGUGGUCUCAUGGUGAUAGAUCUAGGUUGGUGGCAAGCUGCCUUGGAUUCAUGGUGCUAUUCGAAGAUGAGAGUGGUGAGGAUUGGUGGAGAGCAAUAUGAGUUGGUGGUCUUGCUCGGAGACAAAGGUGGGGGUCUGAUGCUGAUCUUCGCUAUGCAGUUUGUUUAUGAUACUUUUCAAACCACAAGUCCAAUUGAGCCUCUCAAGCCAUCGAAUGAAAAAGAAGACAAGGGUCUGGUUUUUGACUCAUCGGUUCUUCAAAACGAAUCCAACAUUCCCUCGCAGUUCAUUUGGCCGGACCACGAAAAGCCAAGCUCCGAUGCACCAGAACUUGAAGUUCCACCAAUCGACUUGAAGGGCUUUCUCAGUGGAGACAGCUUGGCAAUCUCAAAUGCAUCUCGGUUGGUCAAUGAGGCAUGCAGGAAACAUGGUUUCUUUCAUGUUGUCAACCAUGGAGUCGAUCCCCAGCUUAUUGAGAAAACUCACAAGUACAUGGACUUGUUCUUCGGUAUGAAGCUUUCAGAGAAGCAAAAGGCUCAAAGGAAGAUUGGUGAGCAUUGUGGAUAUGCUAGUAGCUUCACUGGGAGGUUCACCUCCAAACUUCCAUGGAAAGAGACACUUUCUUUCCGAUACUGCUCUGAUGAGCAGGCCUCAAACAUUGUUGACGAUUACAUUGUCAGCGUACUGGGUGAAGAUUUCAGACAAUUUGUGAAGGUCUACCAGGAAUACUGUCAUGCCAUGAACAAUCACGCUCUUCAAAUCAUGGAGAUAUUUGGAGUGAGUCUUGGAGUUGGAAAAGAGUAUUUCAGAGAAUUCUACUAAGGAAACGAUUCAAUAACGAGAUUGAAUUACUACCCAAAAUGCCAAAAACCAGAUGAAACACUAGGUACUGGGCCUCAUUGUGAUCCAACUUCCUUAACAAUCCUUCAUCAGGAUCAAGUUGGCGGCCUUCAAGUACUUGUAGACGAUAUGUGGCACUCCAUAACUCCUCUGCAUAAUUCUUUUGUUGUCAACAUUGGUGACACUUUCAUGGCUCUUUCGAAUGGGAUAUUCAAGAGUUGCUUGCAUAGAGCAGUGGUGAACAACACCAGUGUGAGAAAAUCUCUUGCUUUCUUUCUGUGUCCAAACAAGGAGAAGGUUGUAACUCCACCAAGAAGUUUGGUCAAUACCCAAAAUCCAAGAUUGUACCCGGAUUUCACUUGGCCUACUUUGCUUGAAUUUACCCAAAAACAUUACAGGGCAGAUAUGACAACCUUGACUGCUGUCAGAGACUGGAUUAAUGGACAAAGUCAAAUGAAACGGGUUCUAUAA